AUGGCUGGCUUAUUCGAUAAAGUUGCUGGGUUUGGAGCAGAUGCUGCCAUUGAUUCGACAGCCGACGGAUUCAUCAACAAAGAAUUGGAACAAGUCAGAAAAGAUAUACCCGAUGGCCAAGGUUUUGUCGGUCAAGCAAUGACAACAGAAGUUGAUCAAGUGGCAAAUAAUUUUAUUAAUAAUGAAGUUAAAAAGUUUAUUUAA